AUGACCACAUCUAACUUUGUUGAUGAGUUACAUGCAUGGAGACGAGAUUGGAAAAUCCGUGUCAAAGUUUUGAAAAGAUGGAAUAAACCUGAUCGUCAAGGCUUACCAGGGCUGAAUUUCAUUUUAGUCGACGAAAAUGGUUGUAGAAUUAAUGCUUCAUGUGGUAACAUCGCCUUUCCAUAUUUUUACCGUGUUGGGACCGAAGGACGAUGGCUUGAAUUGUCUAAAUUCGGCUUGAUACCAUCUAAAUGGAAGAAUGAGGGAAGAACAACGAGACACAAUUAUCAGAUCAUUCUCACUACUGGGACAGAAGUCUCAAGUCUACGACCAUUGACAAUGGAUCCCUUCAUGAAAUUUGUCCUUUUUAGUGAGAUAUACAGAAUUCUUUAUGCUCUGUUGUAUCCUGUUGAUCUCAUUGGAGUAAUGGAAAAUGUUAGCGACAUUGAAACAGAGAAUAACCCUGAUGGAGAUACUAUUCAGAAAAUAACUUUCACCAUCACAGAUCUCGAGGAUGUGAAGUUGAAAUGCAUCGCAUACGGGGACUUUGCCGCUGAUAUCAAAGAAAGAACCAAAGGAUUCACUGGUCUUUUUGCGGUUUCUGUCUUAACCGAUUGGAGUAUGAAAUAA